UACAACUGGCCCCAGCCACAAGGAUAUCCCGUUUCGGUCCCCUGCCUCUUGGCUUUGUACUGUGAUUGAAGAACUAGCCAACUACAGCAAGGCGAAAGGACAACAACAAGGCAGUUCCUUUUCUCUAUCUCACACACGCAAAUGCACAAACACAUGGAAGACGAUAGACGUUGAUUGAGUGUGCACUUUGUAUUCAACCAUAGCCCCAUCCCUCAUCAAUUCCAAUAAAUCUCAUCAAUCACACGUGCCAAUUGAAACUCCCGAUUGACACGAUACAAUAGUAAUAAUAUCUGCACAAUAUCACCACCUCUCUACCACCAUCACCUCCACUUCCACCACCUCGCUCUCACCGCCAUUUGCGCACGGACUAUUGCCCAUUUUCACUCGUUACAUUGUAAAACGAACCUCCUUUCUUCUACAUUUCCUUUUGACAUUUUGACUCUUCCUUUCUUGUUCAAAUUCACUAAUUCGAGUCAAAUUCAAUAUUUUUUUACUUAACUGGAAAGCCGUUUAUGUUUUGAUUUUGUCCUUAUUAAUUACCUGGUCAAACACUGAGAUCUGUAGUUCUAACCACUUUUUUGAUGCAACUCAUGUCCACUGUUGGCGUUUAAGCAAAUUUGGGAAUUUUAUCAUGUCCGGAGCGGGUCACGCCGUGGAGCGCCGCGUUCCGUUUCCGGAGAUGGAGGCAAACUCGGACAGCUGUGGUUGCUGUAACCCGGUUAAAAAGCCGGGUCCUAUAACCAUGGAUCAUGUGCUGUUGGCAUUGCGAGAAACGAAAGAAGAGAGGGAUGUGCGUAUACGGAGUCUAUUUAAUUUCUUUGACGCCGGGAAUACUGGAUACUUGGAUUAUGCGCAGAUCGAGGCUGGGCUGUCAGCGCUACAGAUUCCAGCAGAGUAUAAGUACGCCAAGGAUUUAUUGAAAGUUUGCGAUGCAGAUAGGGAUGGAAGGGUGAAUUAUCAGGAGUUUAGGAGGUAUAUGGACGAUAAAGAGCUGGAGUUGUACCGAAUAUUUCAGGCAAUUGAUGUGGAACACAAUGGUUGCAUUUUGCCUGAGGAGUUAUAUGAUGCACUUGUUAAGGCUGUUUUGCUUCACAGGGAUUGAAAUAGAUGAUGAGGAGCUUGCUCGUUUUGUAGAGCAUGUUGAUAAGGAUAAUAAUGGAAUUAUUACUUUUGAAGAAUGGAGAGAUUUUCUUUUGCUCUAUCCACACGAGGCUACAAUUGAGAACAUAUAUCAGCAUUGGGAAAGGGUAUGCCUUGUAGAUAUUGGAGAACAAGCUGUUAUUCCAGAAGGCAUAAGUAAGCAUGUCCAUAGGAGUAAAUAUUUUAUUGCUGGGGGAAUAGCUGGAGCUGCCUCUCGUACUGCAACUGCUCCUCUUGAUCGCUUGAAGGUGGUUUUGCAAGUUCAGACAACCCAUGCUCAUAUUGUUCCAGCUAUAAAGAAGAUAUUGAGAGAGGAUGGUUUCUUGGGUUUCUUCCGAGGUAAUGGAUUAAAUGUUGUGAAGGUAGCACCUGAAAGUGCUAUCAAGUUUUAUGCUUAUGAAUUGCUAAAGAAUGUUAUUGGAGAUAUUAAGGGGGGAAGCCAAGAUGUUAUAGGUCCGGCUGAGAGACUUUUUGCUGGUGGUAUGGCCGGUGCAGUGGCACAAACUGUAAUCUAUCCGUUGGAUCUUGUGAAAACUCGAUUACAAACUUAUGUCUCUAAAGGUGGAAAGGCUCCGAAAGUUGGAGCACUAACAAAGGAUAUAUGGGUUCAGGAAGGACCUCGAGCAUUUUAUAAAGGUCUUGUGCCAUCUCUACUUGGGAUUAUCCCUUAUGCUGGCAUUGACCUUGCUGCCUAUGAGACAUUAAAAGACAUGUCAAAGAAAUAUAUUGUGCAUGAUAGUGAACCGGGUCAACUUGUGCAAUUGGGUUGUGGGACCAUUUCUGGAGCCCUUGGAGCAACAUGUGUUUACCCCUUGCAGGUUAUCAGAACCAGAUUGCAAGCUCAGCAUUCUAAUUCUGCAGCUGCUUAUAAGGGCAUGUCUGAUGUCUUUUGGAGAACGCUCGAGAAUGAAGGUUACAGAGGUUUCUAUAAAGGACUCUUUCCAAAUCUUCUGAAGGUUGUGCCAGCUGCAAGCAUAACGUAUUUGGUUUAUGAAGCCAUGAAAAAGAGUCUAGAUCUUUGAUUGGGGAGCACCGUAGUCUUGUCUCCGAUUUGUGCCUGCUGCAAGCAAAACGUAUUUGGUUUAUGAAGCUAUAAAAAACAAUAUAGCUUCUUUAAUUGGAGAGCAUUCUAUUCAUGUCUCCCAUUGCAACUGAACUGUUGAUGAUGAAAAUAAGAAUAGGAUUACUAGUCAAGUACGCAGUACAAUUAUUUGAGUAAUAGAAUAGACGGUAAUCCCCUUUUAUAAAUUGGGGCAAAUAGUUUUGUCAGUCGAAGAGUUCUUCCAGGAAGCUUAUUUGGAGUGUUGGGAAACAACAAUUAUACAACUUCACAAAUAUCUGACUGCAAGGUGAUGGGUCUUCCUUUUCCUUCCUAACCCGACCUACUUUGUUUCACACGUCUGAUUAAACUUGCUCUAAGAUGCAACGACUUAAACUUAUUUUUCAGUGCUUUUUGAUGUUGAUGAAAUAUUAGAAGUUUUAUGCAUGCAGCCAGCAGUAAAUGGUAUGGCAUGUGAUGAUAUACCUGAAUGGAAGAUAUAAAGCAUAUGGAAUUGAAUGUGACAGCCAGUUGUUGCAUUUGAUUUCCUAUUGCCUUAAAAUUGCUAUUAGGUAUUAUUUGAGUUUGUACUACAUUUGAUCUGUUGAAAUGAUCGACAACCUCUAUGGUUUUUGCUUAAUUAUAUUUGCUUGUUCACAUU